AUGCUAGAAAAUUACCCCCUAGAAGUUUUUCGGACAGUCAUAUCACACCUUGAUGAUAGGGCUGAUCUCAAAAGCUUGUCCGAGGUAUCACGAUUUUGGAAUGAAGUCACAAAUCCGUUUCUCUACAGAAAUAUCUUCAUUUCAACCGAAAGGAAAGACCAUGGCAUAAUCAUGGCUCAUCAGAGAGCCGGUGUGCUCAAGUAUACUAGGGAUAUUCGAAUUUUGUGCGUAACGUCUGAGAUUGGGUCUGAUGUUUUCGAUUUUGACGACUGUUCCCCCUGCAACCAUGGCAUCAGUCACGAUUGUGCCAUCGCGGCAGGCGGCGACAAUGUGUCUGAUGCCGACGAUAUGAACGGCUGGAAUCCUUACCAUGGCUUUAGCAAUGCCGAGCAAGCGGAUAAGGAGCAGUGGAUAGAUCCUGAGGGAAUGCGGCAUGGAAGCUGGCAGCGGCAGGACUGUAUCCCUCCUGAAAUCAUGGGAGAAGGAGGGUAUCUUCCCACGAGACAGACUUUUAUAGAGCAGCUCCGUAUUAGGGCCUUUAACUUUUGCGAUUUUCAAUACCCUCAGUUGUUCUCUAGGUUAAAACGCCUGGCAGUAGUUAAUACGGAUACUGCUGAUAUUUAUAUUGGUCGAUAUUAUGACGUAGAGAAGCUUCGAGAUUGUCUAAAGCUGAACUGCUGUCAGCUUGACUACCUUGAAAUUAGCUGUCUGCAUUGGAUGGCCUUGACACUACACUAUGACGACGAGUACUUCAAGCACUUCACGGAGGUGCUGGUAGAGCCGUGGCCAAAUCGUCGGCUUCGGUUCUCGAACGUACAGCACCUCGUACUCGAAGGAUACCCAUUCGUUAAAGACAAAGCUGGCUUACUGAAGGAUAUGAAUCCUAGGGUAUUGCACACCCUGGCAUUAAGAUCCUGCUCUUUUUGGAAGGAUUUUUUAUCCUUUUUUAGCUCUACGGAGACCCCUUUUCAUCUACGGACGCUAGAGGUGCAGACGCCGCCCCCGGAUAUGGAACAGAGUACGGAGGCGUGUCAUAACAUAGCAAACUUCAUCGAGAAAUGCAAACCGCUUGAAAACCUAUAUAUUGCGGUGGAGAAUGCAUUUGGCCUUGAACGCCUCUGGACAUCGUUGCUUCGACAUCGAGAGACACUCAAGUCAUUUGUUUUCUACUCCGCUUUCGAUGAACAAGGAGGCUCCACUCCGUAUCAUGUGCCGAAUCUUUCGUUUAGCCCGCCAUACUACAAAGAGGUAGAUCCCGAACGGUUAACUUUGAAGCACCUAGAUUUGGAGCUUCUUGGGGUCAGCUAUAAACCACGAUACCUGAUACCAGCUCUCUCCCCGCUGACUGCCAUGGGCAACCUUAAAGUGCUGCAUAUUCGAGGCUUCUAUAUACAGCCCGAUUACUUCCAUUCAUUAGAACGCACAGGGAGGCUUGCCUACAAAGCGCAUCAUCGACGCCGGGUCGAGGCCUUUGACAAUUUUGUUCAAUGGGCGUUUGGGCCCGAGGGGUUCCGAUCGCUGAAGCUGAUAGCUCACAGUGGUCCAGUUGAGAAGGGGGGCGGCGAAGUGUUUCUCUGCCCCAAAGUAGGGCCGGAUACUGAGCCACCUUUCCCUGGGAGGAACUACCGGCACGUCACCAAGCGUGACCAUGUCCAGCAUGCCCUACUGCGCAAACACGCCCACGCCUUUAAAGCUUGUCCUUGUCGAGGUGCACCGGAAUAUUAUGGAAUAUAG